AUGUGUGGUAUUCUCUUCCAUUAUAAUCAAAAUCAAGCUCUUGAAAAUGGUGUUUUGGAGUUUCAGGAAACCCAGGUUCUUGAUAUAAUCAAAAAUGGGUUGGGUUCCAAAAUACCGAAUUCUAGUCAAAUAUUCAAUUCAUUAGUUCCUAAAAUAUGUUCAAGAGGUCCUAAUUAUUCAAGCCUAUUGGUUGAGAAUAACAAUAUGUUGUUCUUCAGCUCAGUGCUAUCCCUCAGGUCACCAUUCACAAAACAACCUUUGGAAUCAUCAAGAUACAUUAUACAAUUCAAUGGUGAAUUAUACAAUAACGACAUUGAUGGUAAUGAUACACAAUACAUUAUGAACUUAUUGGAUCAAAAAUCUGUGAUAGACACUAUACAUACUCUUGAUGGGGAAUUUGCAUUUACAAUUUAUGACAAGAAGGAGCAAAAUAUUUGUUUUGGUCGUGAUCCAGUAGGGAAAAGAAGCUUAGCCUAUUAUCUGAAAAAUGAAGAAUUAUACAUUUCAAGUGUUCAACCUGGUUUUGAAGAAAGAUCUGAUUUUAUAGAUUGUGAUAAUGGAAGUAUCUAUCAAUAUUCAUUCAAAAAUAAACACCUGGAAAUUGUUGAACAUGCUGUAACCUAUAAUAUCAAUAGCAAUACUGAUAAAGAUUUCAAAAAUAUUGAAGAUAGACUAAAUAAAUUAAACAAUGUGCUAAUCCAAUCUAUCAAACAAAGAAUUCACAACAUUGACCCAUUCCACAUUGAAUCUGAAACUGACCCAUUAUAUGCAAUUUUAUUCUCCGGUGGUUUGGAUUGUACAGUGAUUGCUGGAUUAGCAGCCUCAAUUUCUAAACCUGAAACAUCAAUUGAUCUUUUCAAUGUUGGGUUUGAUAAUCCAAGGACUGGAAUGAAAGCAUCUGAAGCUCCAGAUCGUAAAUUGGCCAUUGAGUCAUGGCUAAAUCUAAGCAAGCAGUUUCCUUCAAUUAAUUUCAAUUUAAUUGAAAUUGAUAUCCCAUAUGAAGAAUAUUUAGAAACAAGGCCAAAAGUUAUUGAAUUGAUGUAUCCUAAAAACACCGAAAUGGAUUUAUCAAUUGCAAUUGCAUUUUAUUUUGCAUCAAGAGGUAAGGGAAAUAGAUUAUCAUUACAUGAUGUACCAUUGGAACAAAUAUCAUAUUCUUCGGCAAAAACAGUGGAGCAUUAUCAAUCAAAGGCAAAAGUUUUAUUAAGUGGACUUGGAGCUGAUGAACUAUAUGGAGGAUACCAUAAAUUUGCCAAUAAGGAUAAUGAAUCAUUAGCAGAGGAAUUAACAAGACAAAUUAAUAACAUUCAUGAAAGAAACCUCCAACGUGAUGACAAAGUGAUUUCCGAUAAUGGGGUUGAAGUAAGGUACCCUUUCUUAUCUCAUGAUGUUAUUCAAUUUUCCACUCAAGAGAUUGAAAUCAAUUAUAAGAUUUCAAAAUUAAUUUUAAGAAAAUUAGCAUCACAAAUUGGAUUAGAAUUUGUCUCUGAAGAACCUAAAAGAGCUAUUCAGUUUGGUGCUAAAAGUGCCAAAAUGACUGCAAAUGGUAAUAAAAAGGGAACUGAUGAAUUGAAAUAA